CGGGCCGCGGCGGCGGGGCCAUGUGGGCUGUGGUGGCUCCGCGGCGGCCGCUCCUUGCGGCGGCGAUGGCGGCGGCAGCGGCGGGGCUGGCCCUGGCCGUGGCUGCGCGGCGCUGGCGGCGGCGGCGCCCGGUCCGCGAGGUGCUGUUCUUCCCCUCGCCGCCCAGCUGCACCGAGGCGCUGCUGGCCGAGGCGGCGGGGCCCGGCGCGCCGGUCCAGCCCUGCCCCUGCCCGCUGCCUCGCAACGACUGCUCCCUCAGCCGCCUGCUCCGGAGGCUCCUCUCCGCCCGCCGCUCCCUUGAGAUCUGCCUCUUCGCCUUCUCCUGCCCGCAGCUCGGCCGCGCCGUGCGGCUCCUGCACCGCCGCGGCGUCCGCGUCCGCGUUGUCACCGACGCGCAGUACAUGGGGCUGCGGGGCUCGCAGAUCGGCCUCCUCCGGCACGCCGGGAUCCAGGUGCGCCACGACCAAGGGUGCGGGUACAUGCACCACAAGUUCGCCAUCGUGGACCGGAGGAUGCUCAUCACGGGCUCUCUCAACUGGACCACGCAGGCCAUCCAGACCAACCGGGAGAAUGUGCUGGUGGUGGAGGAUGCAGAGUACGUGAAGCCAUAUCUGGAUGAGUUUGAAAGGAUUUGGGAAGAGUACAAUCCCACCAAGUAUAGGUUUUUAUCCCAAGGACAGUAAGUGAGCUGCCACGUCCGGCUGGUGAAGUAUUAGCAGAUGAUAGCAUUCAUGGACUUUAAUAUAUAGACAUCACUGCAUUAUCCACUUGGUAAGUGGAUAAUUUAGGUAAGCUCCUCCAGAGAUGCAAAGUUCUCUCUACCCUGAAGAGCCACAGGUCCUUUGCUGUGGGUCAUUCCCAUGCUAGAGAGAACAACCCAGCUGUAUGGGGAGUUGUGUUGAGGAUAGCUGUGAUAGGGCUGCCUCCGGAGAGCUUAAAACACUGCAGUGCCCUGGUGCAGAUGAGGUGUUCACACAGUGCUAGUAGGUGUUUCAAUGGUGAAAUGGGUGUUUCUUAACUGGAUAUUGCCAUAAGGAAUUGUGGCCCAACACAAAGGAAGAGUUAAGAGGGCUACAGCGAAGAUAAGAGUUUGUAUAGAUGGGUUAAGCACCUUAGUUAUGUUUCUUGUUGGCAUUAAUUGUUAAAAGUUUGUAAAGGAAAUCUAUAGGAAAUAAGAAGGCAGAGAUUAGAAGUGUGUUUUGAUUUGGUACACGGUUCUUUUGGUUUAAGAUGAGGGUUUAAGAUGAGCAGAGCUCCAGUGUAAAAGCUUGAGGUAGCAGGUAGUAAUGAGUGCUCAUCUUCCAGUAGGGAAGUGUUGGGAUAUCUGGGAAGAAAGGAGAUAUUCUCUGGGAUCAGUCGGUCUCGAGUGCAGACCUGGCUGCAGUUGGCAGUGGCAAGGAUGGGGGGCAAGUGAAAAAUAAGAAGAAAGGAGGUGAGAUCUCUGUCCCUAGAGGUCAGGAUGGAACACAGAUGGGUGCAAUUGAGACUGUUUAACUACCAUCUGUGUAAGAAUUACUUAAUCCUGAAUAUAAAGUGCCUCAGAAUCUUUCGUUUUGAUUUGUUUUGCCACCAGUUUUGCUUUGAUACAGCAGUGCCAUGAUGGGCACUAUCAAAUAAACUGUUUUCACAGAGAACCUCGA